AUGCUCUUUGGACAGGUGAUAGCAAAAAGAGGAAUCCACGUGGCUCCGAAGCUCGCUCUGGAGUCGUCCUUCAGGCAGGAAGGUGUCAGAGGAUUGAUGUCGGCAGAGCAGUUCAAGACCGCCUGGGUCGACUACCAGGACUUCUUGACGAAGAACUUGUCGAUGAAGACAGCCGACACCGAGUACGAGACCCGGUCGCCAAUGGCGAUUGCAAUGAGCACCUCGAAGAAGCCCCACCAGGCGCCGAUUUUCCACUACGCAUCGCAGGCACACAACAACCACUUGUUUUUCCAGCAGCUUAAACACAACGGCGCCAGAACCCCGGUGCAGGAGUCGGACAUCAAGCCGCAGCUCUUGAGGUCGAUUAAAAACACGUUCCAGUCGCUCGAGAACUUCAGAAACGAGUUUCUCUUGGCGGCAGACAUCAUGAGCGGUAACGGAUGGGUGUUUUUGGUGGAAGACCAAAACAAGGAGUUGAAGAUCGUCGCGUGCAACAACGACGGGACGCCUUACUUCUACGGCAGAAACCAGCUGUACGACCUUAACACCGUAUUUGAGUACCAGAACUACAAGAAGCUCAUGAAGUACAAGCAGGACAUAUUAGACAACGUAAAGGACUACUCGCUACCUUUGCUCUGUGUCAACGUCUGGGAACACGCAUACAUUGUGGACUACGGUGUCACGGGCAAAGCAGAGUACUUGGAAAAAGUCUGGGAUAACAUUGACUGGAACGUUGUCAACUCAAGACUCUUCUCGAACAUUGAGAUGUAA